GACUCGGCGGGGAGGGACUUUCUGGACACUGCGCAACAAGUCUGAGGGCGCAAGAAGUGGAUGAUGAGAGUGAAUGGCAACACGGCAUGCGGUAGCUCAGACAGGAGACGGGUUUUAAGUGGAUGAUUGCGUACGAUUUUUAUUUUUAUUUUUUUGCCUCAACCACAUAUUUAAUUCAUGCUGUCGCUCGGAAAGGAUGCGUCGCAGUAAAGUUUAUCCGGACUCUGAAAGCACGCCGUUGGAAGUUUUCCCUACGCAUGCUGCAGCGCAGACAACAGUUUGUAGCACUUAUUAUCACAAAGAAUGGCAAACAUACAGCGUUUCACACCCCUGAUGUUUUACUUUUCUCUGGGGUUUCAUCGCAGAAGUGGCGCUGAAAGUUUACAGCUGUUGGGGACGCAGCAGGUGACCAGCAACGCACGAGAUUUGGACCGCAGCUCGAUCUCAGGCUGCACUUUAAUGUAACGGAAGGCAAUGUGAAAUGGUCCCGACUUGUCACAGAAGCUGGGAGGAUAUAACUUGAAAGGAGAGUGUUUUUUUAAAAAAAGAAUUUCAGUCCACCAUGAGGGCGCUGAGCUUACUGUGCGUAAUAGUCGGGCUGUGGGAGUCGAGCCUGAGCAACAGAAACUGUCCGGACCUGAUCGUUGACAGCUGUCACUGCUCGGCGGAGAGGUCCAAGGAGCUGAGCAGGCAGCACGUCCGAGUCAAAGUUGUGUGUGAUGAUGUGGACUUGAUGGACACCCUGCAGCCCAGCUUCUUACCCAACAGAACCGUUUCCCUAAACCUGAGUAACAACAAGAUCUCCCUGCUGAGGAAUGGCUCCUUCUAUGGCUUGGCUGCCCUGGAAAAACUGGACCUGAAGAAUAAUUUGAUAAGUACAGUGGAGCCCGGGGCCUUCCGUGGUCUGCUGGCUUUGAGGAGACUGGACCUGUCCAACAACAGGAUUGGCUGUCUCUCCCCUGAAAUGUUUUUAGAUCUGGGCAACCUCUCAAAAUUGAAUUUAUCUGGGAACAUCUUCUCCACACUGACCAUGGGACUCUUUACACACCUCGUGGCUCUCAGAGUGCUGCACUUCAGUACUGAGACUUUGUUCUGUGACUGUCAGCUUAAGUGGCUGCUCCUCUGGGCUCGAAGCAACUCGGUGGGGAUUGGCAACGACACGGUGUGUGUGUUCCCCACCCACCUCCAUGGACUGGAGUUUCGCAACCUACGUGAACAGCAGCUCAGAUGUGAUGGACCUCUGGAGAUGCCCCUCUUCCAGCUCAUCCCCUCCCAGAGACAACUGGUUUUUCGUGGAGACCGUCUACCCCUGCAGUGCACCGCCUCCUACCUGGACAUGUCGGUGGAGCUGCGGUGGCGUCACAACGGCCACAUCGUGACCACGCAGGAGGACCGGGGCGUCUACGUGGAGGAAACCCUGCUUCAUGACUGCUGCCUGCUGACCAGCGAGGUCAUCCUUUCCAACAUUGACGUGGGCAUCGCUGGCAUCUGGGAGUGCCUGGUGAGCAGUUCCCGUGGCAACAUUUCUCAGCAAAUGGAGAUAGUUGUUCUGGAGACGUCAGCACCGUAUUGCCCCUCUGACAGAGUCACCAACAACAAGGGGGACUUCAGGUGGCCAAAGACUUUAGCUGGCAUCCUGGCCUUUCUGCCCUGUGCUCCUGCCACCUUUGGCACUGCCCCCCACCCUUCUGGCAGCGCUCCUCACCCCUCCAGCCAGAGGGAGAAGAAGGCGUGGCGACGUUGCGACCGGGCUGGACGGUGGGCUGAAGAGGACUACACUCAGUGCCCGUAUGCCAGUGAACUGACCCGCGUGCUGCAUGAGCUCACACAGAUAACUGUUAAUACCACCAAUGCUCAGCCUUUAGGCCAGCAGUUAGUGGCCUUCACCAGCAGGGCAGCACACUUCACUGAUGUCAUGGAUGUCAUCUUUGUCACACACCUGGUGGAGAGACUGACAAGGCUGGUGGAGAAGCGUAGAGAUCUGGGGGACUAUAUUUCAGACAUAGCCAGUAACAUGAUGCUAGUGGAGGAGCAUAUCCUGUGGAUGGCACAGAAUGAGGCCAGAGCGUGCACUCGGAUCGUCCAGUGUGUGGAGCGUAUUGCCGACCUGGCGCUGACUGGAGACAAUCAGGUCAUUUCUAAGGUAUCUGCCAACAUAGCUCUCGAGGCCUUCCUGGUCCGGCCGUCUAACUUUCUCGGUCUGUCCUGCACGGCACUUCAACGACCCCCCUCAUCUGCCACCUCGCCUCUCCCUAACAGCCACUCCCACGUUGACAAGGACACGAGCAGAGAGCGUGAUGUAGUGGGGGAAUCGUUGCUCAACUUCAAAUGCCACACUGUCAACAACAGCGGCUCACCGGCCAGUCAGCUCAGCAAGAACUCAGUGGCAGUCGCCUCAAUCCAUUUACCGCUGGCUGGUACGCCUAUAUCCUCCUCUGCGUUGCAAUCUGUUGAUAACUCCACUUGCAAGCUGCAGUUUAUUGUGUUUCGCAAUGGGAAACUCUUUCCUUGCACUGGGAAUUCGUCAAAUCUCGCAGAUGAUGGGAAGCGAAGGAGCGUUUCAACACCAGUUGCUUUCACCAAAUUAGAUGGGUGCAGCCUCGGGGGCGCCGUGCACUCCGUUACUAUUGCUCUCAGGCACUUCGCACUGGGUGUAGACCCCACCGCAGCCUAUUGGGAUUUUGACCUGCUGGAUGGACACGGUGGCUGGAGGGCAGAGGGCUGCCACAUAACAGGCUCCGGGGGCAACACGACCACUAUUCAUUGCACCCAUCAUAAUAACUUUGCUGUGCUAAUGGAUCUGAAGAAGGUGCUGUCUUUUCCCCCAUACCCUGGGGAGUUUCUGCACCCGGUUGUGUAUGCCUGCACAGCGGUCAUGUUGCUCUGCCUCUUCGCCUCCAUCAUCACGUACAUAGUGCACCACAGCGCAAUCCGCAUCAGUCGGAAAGGAUGGCAUAUGCUUCUCAACUUCUGUUUCCACACGGCUCUGACCUUUGCAGUGUUUGCCGGCGGCAUCAAUCGAAUCAAAUACCCCAUCAUCUGUCAAGCAGUCGGAGUCGUGCUGCACUACUCGUCUCUGUCGACCAUGCUGUGGCUCGGAGUGACGGCCAGGAACAUUUAUAAACAGGUGACCAAGAAGCCUCCGCAGAGCCAAGAUGGUGACCCGCCUCCGCCCCCUAGACAGCCCCUGUUGAGAUUUUAUUUAGUCAGUGGUGGAGUGCCCCUCAUCAUCUGCGGGGUCACAGCAGCCGUCAAUAUAGACAACUACGGCAGCAAGGAGCAAGCGGCGUACUGCUGGAUGGCAUGGGAGCCCAGCCUGGGAGCCUUCUUUGGCCCCGUGGCCUUCAUCGUCCUGGUGACAUGCAUCUACUUCCUCUGUACCUUCAUCCAGCUGCGGCGACACCCAGAAAAGAAGUACGAGCUCAAGCAGUUGCCGGAGGAGCAGCAGAGGCUGGCUGCCGUCGACGUGCCGACCCACUGCCACCAGGGAGCUGAGCCUGGGGCUGUUGCAGCCCCACCCAGUGGGAGUCACUGCCCCGCUGGCUGCCCAGGCAUUCCCAUUAACCCCGCACUGCUGGCCAAUGAGCACUCCUUCAAGGCUCAGUUACGAACGGCGGCCUUCACCCUUUUUCUUUUCCUGGCCACCUGGACUUUCGGGGCGCUGGCUGUGUCACAGGGCCACUUCCUGGACAUGAUCUUCAGCUGCCUUUACGGUGCCUUCUCCGUCACCCUUGGCCUCUUCAUCCUCAUCCAUCACUGUGCCAAGCGUGACGAUGUCUGGCAUUGCUGGUGUUCCUGUUGUCCCGGACGACGUGCCAAUGCCUGCUCUGGCGCCCAUGGGCCUGCUCAAGCACGCCCCAAGGUCAACGUGAAUGGAGAUACCCCCGGGCAUGGCCACGGCCACAGCCACUGCCACCAUGACUCGCCAUGUCAGGGUAAAGCACUGAUGAGCUGCGGCCAUGGCAGUUUAGGUCACUGUAAACACGCCGCCCUUCCAUCCUCGCAAAAUCACGUGACGUGUCUGGCACCGGUGACGCCGUGCUGCGCCGCAAUGCAUAGCCAGCAGCUGAUGGAAGAAGAGCCGGCGGCUACACACGUGCUGCUACAUGCUGACCCAGAGGGUUACCGACCAGGUAUCCAGCUGCACCCCUGCCUAAAGAGCAGCACCAGGACUAAAGGCAGACACUUCAGCCGCCGGGCCGGGGCCGGUGCUUGCGGAGCAGGGAGUGAGAGGGAGUACGCCUAUCACAUCCCCUCCAGCGUGGAUGGAGGCAGCGUGCACAGCUCACACAGUGACAGCCCCCACAGCACACAUGAGCGUCACACCCACAUCUGUCCACAUCUGGCCCACGAAGGCCACCAUGAUGGGCAUCACACAUGCCACGCCGCUACAGCCACCACGCACGAGGCCCUGGCAUGCCAUAAUCCCUGCCACAGGCAUAUCUGCUGUGCCAAGGCAGACCUUUUCCCUUCGCUGUGCCCGGCAGAGGCAGGCGACACAGGCGUCUUCCUGUGUGGCUGCGGCAAAGUGGCCGAGCAGGACCCGACGGCAACACAUCACCAUCUGGAGAUGCACGCCCCGCGCAGACAAUCCUACCCCCAGAACCCGCCCAAUCAGAAUGGCAUUCUAAAGGGGGGCCUGCAUGAAGGACUCCUGUACACCUCAGACAGCACAGGGAAUAUACGCACUGGACCCUGGAAGAAUGAAACUACUGUGUAGUGUGGGAAGGAAAAACAGGGGAAAAAGGCAGCACCCCUGCCUCGUCCCGCCAAAAAUAAACCCUCGCCUCCCUUUCUAGAAUUAAAAAAAAAAAAAUGAAUUGGACAUUUUAAACAUCACAAUCAGCGUGGGAUAUUUUUAUUUUAAUGUCCUCAUGUUUUUAUGUGUGCUGUUUUACUGUACAGAAAUCUGAUAUCAUGUAAAUGCUCCCUGAAGAGCAUCCAUACACAGUACAGAAUCUCUUCCACCAAGAAGAAUUUGUGAAAUGUGUGUCACAUCACCAUCAGAUGUAAUUGAAGGUAUUUCCACUGUUCCAUAUUACUACAGAUCUCUAUCUAUAUAUAUACAAGAAAAUGAAUGGUUGUAUGUAUGAAUAUGUGUGUUAGUGCUCAAAGGCAACACGCUGCAAGAUUUUUUUACACUUUGAAUCUGAAUCCAUCAAAUAGUCUACAAUGACAGUGAACCUCCAGUACUUUAAAGAACUCUUGGCAUCCAUGUUUUAGACGACUAAACCAGCAAUUUUAGACUUCAUGGGUAUUUUUGCCAUUCAGUCAAGCAACUGUGAAUAUCUACUAGAGAUUUUCUAAAUAAUAUACAAAGAUACUGUCGCUUGCCAGAGAUGUGUGGAUGCCAGUUAAGUUGUGAAAAUUCAAAGCAACAGAAAAAGAGAAGUGAAAUUAAGCAUCCUCUUCCAGGUUGGUAUUGAUCGUGCUGACUGUAUGAUGUCUUCACUGUUGUGUUUCUUUCUUCUGGAGAGAAGUAAAUAACGGCAGCAUCAACAGCAACAGCGUAGCCAAUGUGAAUAGAGAGUUGGUGUCAUUGAGUCAUUGGAUCCAGCGUGAUAUUUAUUAACACUGUGCCACAUAGAGCGAGGUCCUCACAGCGAGUUCAUUGCCAAACUGGUGUGCAGGUUUUUUAUCCUCCUCAGCUCAGCUCGCACAUGCUAUCAGACAUCAGCAUAUGAUUCUUUACAUUUUAGGGAAAAAAGAGUGUGAAUGUGAUUAUAGAAGAAACAACAAGCUGCUUUGGGAAACUCGCCUGUGACUAAUGUCCUAUUAUUUUCCCUAAAUAAAAACAUUUUGGCCAACCUAAACCACUAUUAGCUAAAGCCACAAAAUGACACAUGGCAGAAAUGAGUGCAAAUGAAAUCCCUUUAUAUUUUAUUUAUUUUUAAGCUCCAAAGCAUGCAUGCCUUGUUGUGUGUAGCUAUCUGCUAUUUUUUAACAGUGUAAAUGAACGCUCAUCCAUGAAUAUAUUAUUUGCCUCGACUCGAUACAACUGCUGCAACCUUGUAUGUAUAAUUUUUGUCACACUCAGAUUAAGCCUAGUUCCCAACAAAUACUGUAUUAUUUCCCACUGGUAAUCUCCAUUUAACAAGACUUUAAGCUUAGUUUUAUCCUAGAAUCCAGUCCAGAAAAUCAUAAUGCUCUUGGUUCUGCUUUGGUAGAUAACUUGCGUCAGGAGAGGCCGAGGUUGAAGUAUGGAUAGUUUUUUUGUUACCAUGAAGGUCACAUUCUCUUUGAAGAAUUGCCACUCAGAAGAGAAGGCAAAAGGCGCUCCAUAUUGAUUUAGAAGCACUUGUUGUUUUUUUAUGAAUGAUGAUAUUGAGUAUGAUUCUCCAGACAAAACCAGUCAUACAUUUCGUCAGAAAAGUCAAACGUAAAAAAAAAGAAAGUACAUCCAAGCAGCACAUAUAAUCUCACAGCAAACUCUGCUCUCGCGAAACCACCUCAGCAUGCACACCAUCUCUUUAUCCAUCUUGUGCACUCUUGUCUGUGUAUAUAGAAUCAGUUUCUGAUGAAUUAUUUUAUAUGAGAUUUAAGAUAUUUAAGAAUAAAAUAAGUAUAUAUGUAAAGAAAGUUGUAUGGGGAAAAAAACUGACCCCUUAAUGUUAAUACUCAGUAUCUGAGUUUAGAAAUGUCCUUUUUGUUUUCAAAUGCCUUUUUCUGUUGCAAUUUUAGUUGACUUCAUAAAGUAUGCAGACUCGCCAUGUGUUGUGAGACUUAACCUGUCAUAUCAGAAAUAGAAAUGCACUACCCAUAAAUAACGUUUGGCCUGCCAGAAUAUAAUUUGUCACUUACAGUACAUUUAUCAUAGAAAUGUUUGUUCAGACAGAAAUAUCUGAAUUAAAAAAGUGACUUGUGCAGAAAAGAAAAGAGAAAUAUUAAUGUGAUACUCCCUUUAUUUGGACGGCAGGCUUUGAAUAGUGAAAGGAGGCCCUGGUAGACAUCAAAGAUGAUGCAUGAACCUCAUUGCUUUGCACAGGGCCACUGGAGUUAUUUCCAGGGUCUGGGACAAAAUGGGAUAUUAUGGGCCCAACUUAUGAGUUAUAAAACAGUGGCCCACAAUUGAUCACAUAAUACAGGCUCCUUUGAGCCACCUUAGAGGCUGGCAGUCAGUGGCCCUGGCUUUACAGUUAUUGGAAAGGGAUUUGUAACAGUAUCACAACAAAACAUUUGAAAUCAGCCUUUCUGGCCAAACCCACAUUAAACUGAGAGAACAUUGGUCUAGGUUUAUUGCUGUACAACAUGUGUAUUUGCUGGUGGUGUGUCUUAGGAGCAGCCUGAGCUUUUCAGUGUCUGUGAGACGAUGUGUUUGGUAUCAUAGGCCACCGUAAGCCAACUUCUCUGUUGUCAUCAGUAGCAGAUGUACUGCCCUAAACAAGCUUGCUGACUUAGUUUCGGCUCACCAGACGGCUGCUGGAAUAUUCACCUGUGGUACUGUGACAAAACCUAAAGCCAGUUUUCACUUUUUUCUACAUUGACACAGAUUCCAAUAAAUGUAUUUUUUCACCAUGCAACGGAUGAGAGCA